UUGCGUGUUUCAUACGAGAACUUUGGUUGGCCUUUACUGAUGUCAGGCGAGACAGUCGAGUUGCUGCCAACGUUGCAUCUAUUGUGUGCACCAAAGAAAUUAGACAGAGAAAAAGGGGAGAAUCAGCUGCGUGAUACCACAUUAUCACCAUGUGAUUUAACCUUCCUCUGUCAGUGGAUUGCGGAUAAGCUUGAGGGACUCUCUAAUUGGGAAGAGAUAUAUGGUGGCCUGACUGCUGCUAAUAUCAUACUGCAGAGCGUUUCUGAUGAAAAACUCGAGGAAUUGAAGCUCCUUCCUGAAUUGGAGGCGCGUGUUUUGGAAUGUCACGACAAUUUUGAGUUUCGUGUUCGAAUAGCGGCCGGCCAGUUGAUGGGUACAAUGUGCCGUCGUAAAGGCUUGCCUAUGUUUAUGAAGUUCUUGCCGAGCGUCAUGACCGGUGUCACGGAAAACCUGGAGCGUAGUCCCGAUGCCCCUGCUACCGAGACCGAAAGCUCACUUCGUGAACUGAUCAUUGCUAAGGUAAGCAUUUGGUGUUUACGGCUUUCCUAG